AUGGGCGCCUCCCAGCCUCCACUCCUGCCCUUGGCCAAGCUCAGCCCAUGGUGGCUCCUUCUGAUGCCAGCAGGUGAUGGACCUGAAGCCACACAACUGCCUCUUCCAUCUCCUGAGGACUCCUCUUCUUCCCCUCAUCCUACAGUGCUGGCACAGCAAGGCCCUCACACUCAGGCUGAGGAUCGCCUCUUCAAAUACCUCUUUGGGGGCUACAACCGGUGGGCACGGCCAGUGCCCAACACCUCGGAUGUGGUGAUCGUGCGCUUCGGACUGUCUAUCGCCCAGCUCAUCGAUGUGGACGAAAAGAACCAGAUGAUGACCACCAAUGUCUGGCUAAAGCAGGAGUGGAAUGACUACAAGCUACGCUGGAACCCGGCUGACUUCGGCAACAUCACCUCCCUCCGGGUCCCCUCCGAAAUGAUCUGGAUCCCUGACAUUGUUCUCUACAACAAUGCCGACGGGGAGUUCGCAGUAACCCACAUGACCAAGGCCCACCUCUUCUCCACCGGCACCGUGCACUGGGUUCCCCCGGCCAUCUACAAGAGCUCCUGCAGUAUCGAUGUCACCUUCUUCCCCUUCGACCAGCAGAACUGCAAGAUGAAGUUCGGCUCCUGGACGUACGACAAGGCCAAGAUCGACCUGGAGCAGAUGGAGCAGAUGGUAGACUUGAAGGACUACUGGGAGAGUGGUGAGUGGGCCAUCAUCAACGCCACGGGCACCUACAACAGCAAGAAGUACGACUGCUGCGCGGAGAUCUACCCUGACGUCACCUACGCCUUCGUCAUCCGGCGCCUGCCGCUCUUCUACACCAUCAACCUCAUCAUCCCGUGCCUGCUCAUCUCCUGCCUCACGGUGCUGGUCUUCUACCUGCCGUCUGACUGCGGCGAGAAGAUCACGCUGUGCAUCUCCGUGCUGCUGUCGCUCACCGUCUUCCUGCUGCUCAUCACCGAGAUCAUCCCGUCCACCUCGCUGGUCAUCCCGCUCAUCGGCGAGUACCUGCUCUUCACCAUGAUCUUCGUCACGCUCUCCAUCGUCAUCACUGUCUUCGUGCUCAACGUGCACCACCGCUCGCCGCGCACGCAUACCAUGCCGCGCUGGGUGCGGCUGGUCCUGCUGGGCUGCGUGCCCCGCUGCCUGCUCAUGAGCCGGCCCCCAGCACCAGCCUUGGAGCUCCCCGAGUCCCGGGGCCUGAAGCUCAGCCACUCUUAUCAUUGGCUGGAGACCAGCGUGGAUGCCCAGGAGCAGGAGGAGGAAGAGGAGGAGGAGGAGGAGGAAGAGGAAGAGGAAGAAGAAGAAGAGCAGGAGGAGGUGGCGGCGGAGGCGGAGGAGGGAUGGGUGUGUGCGGGCCGCCUAGCCCCCUCCGCGGGUGCCCUCUAUGGCCACACCAGCCUGCAGCCAGGGGCGUCAGGCCCCAAGGCUGAGCCUGCUUCCUGGGGACGUGAAGUCUCGCUGUCCUCUCCCUUGCGAAAGGCCCUGGAAGGGGUGCACUACAUCGCGGAACACCUGCGGUCUGAGGAUGCUGACUCCUCGGUGAAGGAAGACUGGAAGUACGUCGCCAUGGUCAUCGACAGGAUAUUCCUCUGGUUGUUCAUCAUUGUCUGCUUCCUGGGGACCGUCGGGCUCUUUCUUCCUCCAUUCCUGGCUGGAAUGAUCUGA